AUGAAGAAGCUGGCCCGACGGCAGCAGCAGCAGCAACAGGACCAGCAGAACACGCAGCGGCUGAGUUCUGCUCAGACAAAUGGUGGCGGGAGUGCUGGGAUGGAAGGGAUCAUGAACCCCUACACGGCUCUGCCCACCCCGCAGCAGCUGCUGGCCAUCGAGCAGAGCGUCUACAGCUCCGACCCCUUCCGACAGGGCCUCACCCCACCCCAGAUGCCCGGAGAUCACAUGCACCCUUAUGGUGCUGAGCCCCUGUUCCAUGACCUGGAUAGUGACGACACUUCCCUCAGUAACCUGGGUGACUGUUUCCUAGCAACCUCAGAAUCCGGGCCCCUGCAGUCCAGAGUGGGCAACCCCAUUGACCACCUGUACUCCAUGCAGAAUUCGUACUUCACCUCCUGAG